CUGUGAAAGCUGUCUCUCCUGUCUCUGUGAAAGCUGUCUCUCCUGUCUCUGUGAAAGACGUCUCUCCUGUUUCUGUGAAAGUUGUCUCUCCUGUCUCUGUGAAAGACGUCUCUCCUGUCUCUGUGAAAACUGUCUCUCCUGUCUCUGUGAAAGUUGUCUCUCCUAUAUCUGUGAAAGACGUCCUCCUUCCAGCCCCCGUCAUAGUUGACACCCCAGCAGUGAUUGGCCCUUCUGAAGGCAUGAAGCCAGGGUUUCCCAAAAUGGCUACUCCACUUCCUGAGUUGACAGUCGAGGGGAUGAAAAAACUGUCCCCAGAGAGGGGUGUCCCGUUGAGAGACAUCCCCCCAGUGUCCUCUGUAUUAGUGUCCCCUGUCCCAUGUAACCCAGUGAAGAAGAAUCCUGCCCCAGUGGACACACUGACAGCCCUGUCUGACACACUCAUCUCCUUCGACACAGGUUCAUCCAGUCUAGAACAGGAGUUGGUAAAACCCGUCCCUCCCAUCCCAGGAUCUUGGAGUCGGGAGCUUCUCAGUGGAUCAGACAGAGAUAUUGAGGUAGUGUCCCCUGACAGUCCGACCCCAAGUACUGACUCCAGUGUGAAUGAAAAUGUGUUGGAGGCCCUUGAAGACGACUUUAUCCCCAUCAACACAAACACAACAAG